AUGGCUGAACUCGACACCCUGGACAUUGUCGUCCUUGCGGCAAUCCUCCUAGGAACCCUGGCAUACUUCACAAAGGGUAAAUACUGGGGAGUCACCAAAGAUCCAUAUGCCAACUCAUUCGCCAACGGACAUGCCGCAAAGGCCGGGAAAACCAGGAACAUUCUGGAGAAGAUGGAAGAGAGUGGCAAGAACUGCAUUAUCUUCUACGGAUCUCAGACUGGAACUGCCGAGGAUUACGCCUCGAGACUCGCCAAGGAAGGCAAGAGCAGGUUCGGACUUGAGACUAUGGUUGCCGACCUGGAGGACUACGACUACGAGAACCUUGACUGCGUUCCUAACGACAAGGUAGUCAUGUUUGUUCUGGCCACGUACGGUGAGGGCGAGCCCACGGACAACGCUGUAGACUUCUAUGAGUUCAUCACCGGCGAGGACGUGUCCUUCUCCGAGAGCAACGACCCCCCUCUGGGCAACCUGAACUACGUCGCAUUCGGCCUGGGCAACAACACAUACGAGCACUACAACUCCAUGGUUCGCAACGUCAACAAGGCCCUCGAGAAACUUGGCGCUUACAGGAUUGGCGAGGCCGGCGAGGGCGAUGACGGAGCCGGCACCAUGGAAGAGGACUUCCUAGCCUGGAAGGAGCCCAUGUGGACUGCUCUCUCUGAGAAGAUGGGACUGGAAGAGCGCGAGGCUGUGUACGAGCCGAUAUUCAGCAUCAUCGACCGCGAGGGCCUGACCAAGGACUCGCACGAGGUCUACCUCGGAGAACCCAACAAGAUGCAUCUCGAGGGCACCGCCAAGGGGCCUUUCAACGCGCACAACCCCUACAUUGCCCCUAUUGCCGAAUCUAACGAGCUGUUCUCCGUCAAGGACCGAAACUGCCUGCACAUGGAAGUCGACAUCAGCGGUUCCAACCUGAGUUACCAGACCGGUGACCACAUCGCCAUCUGGCCUACCAACCCCGGUGAAGAAGCUGAUCGCCUAAUCAACGUCCUGGGACUGUCUGAGAAGCGCGAUCAAGUCAUCAGCGUCAAGGCUCUGGAGCCCACGGCAAAGGUCCCCUUCCCCACCCCAACCACCUUCGAUGCGAUCAUUCGUUACCAUAUGGAAAUCUGUGCCCCAGUGUCCCGUCAAUUCCUGGCCACCCUGUCGGCGUUCGCCCCUGACGAGGACUCUAAGGCUGAAAUGACCAAGCUUGGUGGUGACAAGGACUACUUCCACGAAAAGGUCAGCGCCAAACAUCUCAACAUCGCGAGGGUGCUCGAGACCGUUGCGAAGGGCCAGCAGUGGACCAACGUCCCUUUCUCGUGUUUCAUUGAAGGCAUCACUAAGCUGCAGCCACGUUAUUACUCUAUCUCCUCGUCUGCGAUGGUGCAGCCCAAGAAGAUUUCCAUCACCGCUGUCGUUGAAAACCAGACUCUUCCUGGCCGGGAGGACCCAUUCCGAGGUGUUGCUACCAACUACCUCCUUGCUCUGAAGCAGAAGCAGAACGGCGAUCCAAACCCGGAGCCCUUUGGUGCAACUUACGAGCUCACUGGUCCCCGCAACAAGUAUGACGGCAUUCAUGUUCCUGUGCAUGUACGCCACUCGAACUUCAAGCUGCCCUCCGAUCCCUCGAAGCCAAUCAUCAUGAUCGGGCCUGGCACUGGUGUUGCACCGUUCCGUGGAUUCGUUCAGGAAAGAGCAAAGGAGGCUGAAGAUGGCCAGAGCGUUGGCAAGACCAUUCUCUUCUUUGGCUGCCGGAAGCGAAGCGAGGACUUCAUGUAUGAGUCCGAGUGGGAGCAAUACAAGAAGGCCAUGGGUGACCAGUUCGUGAUGCACACCGCGUUCUCAAGGGAUGGACCGAGCAAGGUCUAUGUGCAGCAUCUCCUCAAGCAGCAAGGCAAGGAGAUCAACGAGCUCCUCGAGAAGAAGGCAUACUUCUAUGUCUGUGGUGAUGCUGCGAACAUGGCCCGCGAGGUCAACACUGUCCUGGCACAAAUCAUUGCUGAGCACAGGGGUGUGUCAGAGGCCAAGGCAGAGGAGAUUGUCAAGAACAUGAGAGCUGCCAACCAAUACCAGGAGGACGUUUGGUCAUAG